GCCAUGAGGAUUUUGCUGUCCCGGCUGCCACGGCCAUGGAUUGUAGACGAAAAGAAAGACGAUGGUUAUACCGCCCUCCAUCUUGCGGCUCUCAAUAACCAUGUAGAAGUUGCUGAACUCCUUGUCAACCAGGGUCGAGCUAAUCUAGAUAUUCAGAAUGUCAACCAGCAAUCAGCGCUUCAUUUGGCCGUUGAGCGUCAACACACACAGAUUGUCCGACUGCUGGUGCGAGCCGGGUCUAAGCUCGAUCUCCCGGACAAGGACGGAGACACACCCCUCCAUGAGGCGCUACGUCAUCACACCCUCUCACAACUCAGGCAACUACAGGACAUGCAGGAUGUGGGCAAGCUCUUAAUGGGUCUAGGAACUCAGUCUGGUGACAAGAAGAGCAGUGCAUCCAUUGCGUGCUUCCUUGCGGCGAAUGGAGCCGACCUGAACGUCAAGAACAAGAAGGGCCAGUCCCCGAUGGACCUGUGCCCGGAUCCAAACCUCUGUAGGGCAUUGGCCAAAUGUCACAAGGAGAAGCACAGCCAAUCCAACCUGUUAAUGGAUGGUACAGACUGCGGCGAACAGGAAUCGUUGGAGGAAUGCAUGGUGUGUUCAGACAUGAAACGGGAUACGUUGUUUGGUCCGUGUGGACACAUUGCCACCUGCUCACUCUGCUCACCGAGGGUCAAGAAGUGCCUGAUCUGCAAAGAACCGGUCCAGUCCAGGACCAAGAUUGAGGAGUGUGUGGUAUGUUCAGACAAGAUGGCUUCUGUCUUAUUCCACCCGUGCAGUCACAUGUGUGCUUGUGAUGGUUGCGGAAGUCUGAUGAAGAAGUGUGUCCAGUGUCGCGCAGAUAUUGAGAAGACUGUCCCGUUUGUGGUUUGCUGUGGAGGAAAGGCACCGCCGUCGUCACCUACAGCACCUUCUCCGCCAUCCAACGUUGCAGCUAGCAACACUACCGCCAACACUAACACCAACACCAAUCCAAGCACCGGGGGUGCUAACAUUGCGAUGUCGUCGAGUCAGAAGCCGGUCAAGAUGAACAAUACUAACCUGGAGGUCACCAAGCUCAAGCAGCAGCUACAGGACAUCAAAGAACAGACCGUUUGUCCCGUGUGCUUGGAUCGCAUCAAGAACAUGAUCUUCCUCUGUGGCCAUGGUACUUGCCAGCUAUGUGGUGACCGGAUGUCCGAGUGCCCUAUCUGUAGAAAACCUGUGGAAAAAAGAAUUCUACUCUACUAAAGCAACUGCAUGUGGAGUGGAGCAUGUGGCCAGGCACUGUGAAGGAUACUCACGCAGAAAUGCAUUUAUGGGACUGACUAUUUAUGUCAGAGCGAUUGGCAAGGCAUUGUGAAUUAUACUCACAAUUAUUUGCAUGCAUGGUGCUGGCAUUUGAGUUGUGGUAAAUUGAAAUUUUGGAUGUGUUGUCAAGGAAAGGGAAAACAUCACCAUUAUUGAAAUAGAUGUGUGUUUACAGCUGAUUAGAAGCAGCAAAAAAAAAAACAGUAAUUGUAAUUUGAAAAGCAGCAGUUUUAAGUUAAUUGCCACUUUAAGGAUUUAGUGAUAUUUACUUCAACCAUAAAAUAUAAUAUAAUACAUCAAGCAUAAAAAAAUGGUUAGGCUAUCCUUUAGAGCGGUAGCUUAGCAUGUUUAGAUUUGUUUUUCUCUUUAUUUCUUUUUGUGUGUGUGUGUGUGUUGCAUGUGUGUGGAGAGUGGUCUGCGUCAGUAGAUGUUCGGGAGUUUUCACGUAACAGCCUAGAGAGAUUUUAUGAACAGAGUAAAUGUAUUGAUAAUGCCCGUCGAAUGACAAAGAACAGCUGGGAGGUCUUUGUUGAAAAUUGGUGAACCAGGGGAUGGUUUUUAAUGAAAAGGACUUUGUCAGACUUUUAUCCGACAAGUGGUAUCUUGUCUGACAGUUAUCAUAGUAACGGUGCUUCUCAGCCAAUCAAAAUCAAGGAAAGUUGUCCGAUCUGACAACUAGUCUGACAAAAAUGUUGAUGAAAUGCCCCCCAGAACAGCAGUAUCAUCUUGAGUUUCAGAGCUGACCAAAAAAUUGCAAAUUGGCUGUUUUUUCGACGAAGACUGCUUUGUUGUUCUUUGUCAUAAUGGGCAUUUGACAAUAUAUUUUCUCUGUACGUCACUGAGCAAAACCUCCCUAUUAAGCCAAACAUCACUAACCUGCAGAGUUUGAAAUGGUUAAAAGAAUACCGUACCUGGGUCAAAAUGAAUUAAAGAUACUAUUGUAAUUUUGCCUAACUUUCAUACAAUCCUUGAUGUUGAUUGGCUGUUACCAAUGGCUCCCAUAAGAUGGCAAAGUUACCAAAAUAGCAGCUAGGCCCACAAUAUUUACUCUUCAUUUACAAUGAAAAUGAUGAAUUAUAAAUUUACAUGAAAAUGAUGAAUUAUAAAUUUACAAAAUUUUAUGACUAUUUUCUUUGAAGUCUUGCACAACUUUUGAGACCAAAUUCGCGAUGUACGGGUAGGCUAUAGUGUCCCGACGCCACGUGACUUUUUAUGAGACAAUGUCAUGCCGAAAUCGCUCAUUUUUAUACUAAAAGGUGAUUAUUUUUCAUUGGUCUGCUUAAUUAAUUUAGGAAUUAUUUUAGUUGUUACAUGGUCUAUAAUAAUUUUCAUUGAAAAAAAAAAUGAAAACAAAAAGAUGAAAAAACAAAGAAAUACAUAAGAAAAAAUUUGGCUUUUGCAUUUUUUGUCUCGCCUGCAUAGCAGAGCGAGACUAUAGGCGCCGCUUUUCCGUCAACAUCAAAUCUUAACCAAAGGUUAAGUUUUUAAAUUUUAUCAUAACUUAGAAAGUAUAUGGGCCUAGUUCAUGAAACUUGGAGAUAAUGGUUAUCAACUAUUAUUGAACAUCCUGCCAGAGUCUGAUGUCACAUGACCAAGGUCAAAGGUCAUUUAGGGUCAAUGAACUUAGACCAUGUCGGGGGAAUGAAAUGUCAUCAUAUAGAUCUCGUUAAUGAAACUUGGAUAUAAGAGCAAUCAAGUAUCAGCAAACAUCUUGUGCAAGUUUCAGGUCACAUGACUGAGGUCAAAGGUCAUUUAAGGGUCAACUAACUUUGGCUAUGUUGGAGGUAUUUGCUGAAUUGCCAUCAUAACUUUGAAAGUUGAAGAUCUAGUUCAUGAAACUUAGCCAUUAUAGUAAUCAAGUAUCAUUGAACGGUCGAGAAUAAUGACGUGGUAACGAAUGUGCGUGCCAAAUUUCGGCGCGAUCGCGAGAACAGCGGCCGAGAUCAGAAGGGGGCCAUUAUGCCCCCAACCCCCCCCCCCCCCCCGCCCCGUCCUCUAUACAUCUUAAAUAGCCCAUUCCUUUUGGGGUUAAGGUAAAUUUACUAUCCACUGGUAACUUACCUAUCUUUACGAUCAAGCCAAGAAACAAGAAAAUACCUUUUACAACCAUGAAUGCCGGGUGUUGUUUUUAAUGAACACUCUAUAGAACUCGUGUAUUCAUCAACAUAAUGCAAUGUUACGAAACACAAAUACAAAUUUGUAAAUAUUGCCUUUUUUAUAGGAUGAAGAAUAGACAGAGGGGAAAUGUUGUAUUCUUUAUAUUCACCAUAAUUGAAGAUGAAUAGUUUUUAGUGCUGCCAUCACAAGUUGAUAGGAUAAAUUUGCGUUUUGUUGUUUUGAGCCCUUUAUUUAUCAACAUGACUUGACAACUGAUUUGUUUUCUUGCUCUGCUCUGAAUUGCACUGUAUGUUUUCUCUGUAACUAACCAAUCUGUCAAAAUUUAUGUGAAUGUUACAUAAGAGAUAUACAAAUUUUGCUGCUCGUAAGAUUUAUGAAAUUUCAUAUUGAAAGUAGUUGAACUGUAGGAGUAGUUUGAUGAUGAUGAUGAUGAUGAUAACUAAAGUAGAAUCAUGAUUUUAAUGUGUUAUUGAUCAUGAUAUAUUUUUAGAAAGUUGUUAGGAUUAAAUGUUAUUACCAAGUGGUGUCUUUUGGGUUUGUUGCAUUGAAUUUGAUACAAACUGAGAGCUUUGAUGGCUCAGGUAUACUAAUACUACAAAAGGGCCUUUUUUCUUGCUUUGUUUUCCCCAGUAAAAGUUGCUAUAUUUAUGUAUGCCAGUCAGUCAAUUGUCUUUAUUUAUCCAUUUAUUUAUUACUUAAUUCAGUUUGUUCAAUUAAAAUGUCUAAGACCUUAUGCUCUUAUAAUAUCUAGAGAGAGUUGCUGGUGCUCAGUGGAUAAGUCUUCGGACUUUGAACCACAAGGUCCGGGGUUCAAAUCCCACCACAGCAAACCAAAGCCGGGGUAAUAGUAUGCAGCGCUCAGAAACAUUUGUAUUACGCGUAAAUGCGUAAAUGUUGUAUAUUAUUAUUUCUGCUCUUCCCCCUUCGUUCUUUGUUUUUCUUUAUUUCUCUCUCUCUCUCUUUCUCUCUCUUUUUCUCCCUCUGCAUUUCUCUGUGUAUGGGUUAUUGCUUUUUGUAUGCAAUUAUUAUUGCAGUAGGGAUAGUCGUGCACUGCCUUUUCUCUAGAAUUUAUUGAAAAUUACAGGACUUAUAUGAUAAUCUUUUGUAGCAUGGGAUUUCUAAACGAGCUGGAUUUAUUAUUUAUUUUUAAAUUCUUUUGUCAGUACUUUGUAGCCUUGUGUAUAAACUUAAGAUUGGAAAUAUGGACAAACAUAAAUGUAAUUAUGUCCUUGUAAAAAAAAGCUGUUUUUGUCAUGUUCCUUGUUCAUGAAAAUUUAAUUAGGUAGGUUUAGAUCCAGAUGCAAUAGUGUUCAUCUUCCUGAAAAUAAUGGAAAUAUGGACAAACAUAAUUAUGUCCUUGUAAAAAAAUGAAAUGCUUUUGUUAUGUUCUUUGUUUAUAAAAAUGUAGUUCAGUAUGUUUAGAUCCAGAUGCAAUCGUUUACAUCUCCCAAAUAGUGUAUCUUCCAGUAAACUACAUGUAAAUUGUAAACAGAAUUUUGACAAUUUUGGCUUGCCAUACAUGUAGUUAUAGCGCAGAGUUGGACCUUGGUAGAGUGGACUUCUGAAUACAGGCCAGUAUGCAGAGAUGCCAACCGUUACGGAUUCGCCGUAUUUGUUCCGAUUUUAUUCCUCCAAUUACGGUGUUACGGCAACAAUAAAAAGGUUACGGAAAAAACAACUACAAUACAUGUGUAUUGCUUUGCUGUGCAUGUGUAUAUAUGCGUGUAUUGUGCAUGUAAAUGCGUGUAUUGUGUAUACAUGUAUCGUGCAUGCAGCGUGUGUGUGGCCAACGGUAAACCAACGGGAGUUUCUCUACUGAGAUUUCUAUUGCAAGCGCCUCCGCGCGCUGCUGCUGAAUACACAGCGGAGUGCAAGCCGCGGUUCAUGCAUGCACAAUGUCAAUGGCGAUUGGGUGGUUGAGCGUAUAAACGAUGCUACUUCGCGGGAUGUUCCUGAGAAACUCCCAUUUGUUCCUGACAAAUAUGGUAAAUAUUCCUGACAACCAUCCCUUUAGGUUGGCAUCUCUGAGUAUGUACGGCUGAGAGAGGAACUGACUUAUACCGUACCUGAAGUGACAUGAGUGGGACUAUUGUCGCUGAAGGUGCACAGCCCCGAAGGAAAAUGGUUAGAUGCAUUUCACUGAGGGUGCUGAUUCAAACAGUCAUUCCAACAGUCGUAUAUACCUGUAUUUAGUAAAGAUUUCAUAAACAUUAGAAUCUGAAUUCGAGAGAUCCUAAAUCAAAUUCCUAAAACUGCAUACUGCAGGCUAGUGUGUUCCCAAUGUACAUCAGUUCGUAAUCAUUUAAAAUAAUUGAUGCAUGCUGAUGUUUGCUUUAUCUUUUAACGUGCACCGUGUAUGUGAUGUCAUGAAUAGUUUCACAUGAAUAGUAGGCAUAUCAAUGAUUGACGCCUUUCGCAUUAGCCUUGUGGGAAUUGUCUUUAAUCACAUGACACAUUUCCAACCAUUCAACCGCACAGAUUAUUUGUACGAUGGAUAUGACUACAAAGUACAUGCCUAUGACAUGCGGAAAAUGUUGUGCCCAUUUAUAUUGAAAUGGGGAUACACGCACAUUAAGGUGUAUGUACUUUACAUGUAUUAUCCCUAUAUAAGCUAUUUUCCAAUAAUAUUCAUCCUCGACCGAGUAAACCAAAGUUCUGUCAUAAUUUUCUCAGCAUAUAAUGGAUGUAAUGAGUUUUUUAUGAUUUGCAUUGUUCAUAGUUGUAAUGAAUACAUGGUAAACAAGAUGCUGCUGUUUUUUUUUUCUUUUUUGCUGAAAAUAGGUCAUUUAGGAAGGUGUUAUCAUUGUCAGCUUCAAAGCCGGUUCGUCCCAAGAUUUUAAUUGGUCAUAUAUGACAAAAAGUUAAAGUAUGCAAUUAAUGCAAAUGCAUACAAAGGAAAUUAUGCAAAUUAUAUUCCUGUAGCAAUUGCACAUUUUCUUCAAGAAUAAUUUGGCACCCUAUAUAUUUAUUUAUUCAUUUAAACAUACAAACACUAGGGUGGCCAUUUUAUUGGACUCUCUUCAAACAUUGUUUGAGAUCAUUCCCACAACUCACAUUUAUUUUAAAGCAUCCUACAUGAGUGUACUAUUAUUCUUGUUAUUUCAUGUGUAAAAAAAUAGAGAUUAAUUCUGUAUUCAAUCGAUAUUGUCAAAAACAACAAUUUCCUUGAAUUAUAAUCACGGAAUAUUGAUUCUCGUAGAUAUUCUGCAUGUAAUAAACUCAAUGCCUAAUUUUGCAUUAAUGCUAAUAAAAUUUUUGCUGAAACAAAAUAA